UCGCGAGCUCUGUAGCACGUAAAUAAUAAAAAAAAUAAUAAAUAAAAAUUAGAUAUACACGUAUAUGCAUAAACUUACGUAGAUAUACUCAUAUAUCUAAAUAUAUCGAAAGCCGCGCGAGACAUUACGUAUAAGGGAGACUAUAAUUCAAACGUUUUCUCUCUUUCUCAUUCUCCCGCUUUCCCUUUUAAUCCCACGAUUAUUAUUUCGUCCGAAACUCUGUGCGGGACUAAAAAGCCCGGAAAAUUUUGCAAAAUAACGCGACGCAAAAGGAUGAUACACUCCGGGCGGACGAGGCUCGAGAAAAAAGUAAGUCGCGUGGGUGUGGGUGGCGGAGGGGCAGUCCCCAUUGGGCAAGGGGUCCAAGGGCCCGUAGGGGAAUCCACGUCGAGUGGUCAGUGGUUGAGGCAGCAACAUCAACAUCAACAACAACAACAACAACAACAACUGCAACUGCAUCACCCCCCUUAUAAUCAUCAUCAACAGCAACAUCUUCAUCACCAACAUCAUCACCAUCAUCAUCACCUUCAACAUCAUCAUCUCCAGGGCGCUUACUAUCCGUCCCAAUCGAUAACUCAAAACAUUCCUCUCAGUACAAUGAGGCAAUCUUACAUGCAGCUGACAUGGGUAUUUCACGACGACGAGGCACAAAUAAACAAGAAACUGCCAAAGGAGUUAUUGCUCAGAAUCUUGUCAUAUCUGGACGUAGUUUCGUUAUGCAGAUGUGCCCAAGUGAGCAAAGCUUGGAACGUGCUGGCGUUGGAUGGCUCUAAUUGGCAAAGAAUCGAUCUAUUCGAUUUUCAACGAGAUGUCGAGGGACCAGUAAUAGAAAAUAUUUCAAGACGUUGCGGUGGUUUUCUUCGACAAUUGUCGUUACGAGGAUGUCAGAGUAUCGGGAACAAUUCGAUGCGAACGCUCGCCCAAUCCUGUCCAAAUAUCGAGGAAUUAAAUUUGAGCCAGUGCAAAAAAAUAUCGGACGCAACGUGCGCAGCGCUCAGCAAUCAUUGCCCAAAGUUACAAAGACUCAACCUCGACUCGUGUCCUGAAAUAACCGAUCUUGCGCUCAAGGACAUUUCCGAUGGAUGCCCACUUUUAACGCAUAUUAAUUUAUCCUGGUGCGAAUUACUCACCGACAAUGGCGUCGAAGCUCUCGCUCGAGGCUGCCCCGAACUCCGCAGUUUUUUGAGCAAAGGCUGUCGCCAACUCACGGAUCGUGCCAUAAAGUGCAUCGCACGCUUUUGUCCGAAUCUCGAAGCGAUUAAUCUACACGAGUGCAGGAAUAUCACGGACGAUGCAGUCAGAGAAUUGAGUGAAAGAUGUCCGAGGUUGCAUUACGUUUGUCUCUCGAAUUGUCCCAAUUUGACGGAUCCUUCGCUGGUGACGUUAGCCCAACAUUGUCCUCUCCUCAGUGUUCUCGAAUGCGUGGCCUGCACUCAUUUUACCGACGCCGGAUUCCAGGCUCUUGCGAGAAAUUGCAGGUUACUUGAGAAAAUGGAUCUUGAGGAGUGCGCCCUCAUCACAGAUUCGACUCUCAUACAUCUUGCUGUCGGUUGUCCGAGGCUUGAAAAACUCAGUCUUUCACAUUGCGAAUUGAUUACGGACGAGGGAAUACGACAACUGGCUCUGUCUCCUUGUGCGUCGGAAAAUCUCGCUGUGCUGGAGCUCGACAAUUGUCCUUUAAUAACAGACGCCAGCCUCGAACACUUGAUGCAAGCCUGCCACAAUCUCGAACGGAUCGAGCUUUACGAUUGCCAAUUCAUAACACGAGCUGGCAUACGAAGACUCAGAACGCAUUUGCCCAACAUAAAAGUCCACGCUUACUUCGCACCUGUGACUCCGCCACCGAGUGCGGGAGCAUCGCGACAGCGGUAUUGUCGAUGCUGUGUCAUACUGUGAUUCCUCGAGCGAUUUAACGAAACAUGAAUCGUCCGUUUUUGCUGAAGGAAAAAGGAAGACCGACAUGUUUAGCGAGGCUGCCGCAUUGAAACACGAAAGUUUCCAAAGGCGGCCGAGAGAAGAAAAUUGCUACCGUCGAUCCGCACGAGCGUUGCUACGGUUGUAGGAAAGGCUUGACCUUUUACAAGCCUGAGUAUCGUAUAAUCGUGAGAAAUUUCUCGGCAUUGACUGGGAGAAUGCAAUGAAAGAGAAGAAAAAUACGGAGAUUAUUGUCGGAAUAUGCGACACAGCGUGAAUCCGGCCGAUCUCGUCGGACAUGACGAAACGAGUGAACUCGAGAUAAAGCUUCGAAACUACCUUAAAAAAAAUAGAGCGACCAUUCAAUUAAUUGGAAGACGAAAUUUUAACGCAAUUCUUUUUUCGUCCAGAGGAUCCUUCGCACCGAUAAUAUCAGCCAGUAAUUUUUUUCCUUGGUAAUUCUGUAUUCAAGGAUUUAACAAUAAUGCAAGAACAUCGGAAACUCUCGAAUUUUUCGAACACUGAUUCUCUGUAAUAAUGAUGACAAAGAGUUCGAGCAAAAAAUACUUGCACGAAUAACGAUCGUGUUUGUUUAAUUGCAGAAUAUAACUUGAAAUUUUCAUUUUCUUAAUAGUUUCAUGUAUCUUUUUACUUUUCGAAAAAUCGAUCCGAAGCAUUUCUGGGCAUCGUUACCGUUAAUACCGAGAAUCAAUGAUCAGGGUUGAAAAGCGAUUAAAUUUGUUUUUCGAAUCCUUGCGGAUGAGUGAAAAACUGAAAUCCUGAUCGAUAGAAAUUUUCGGCAACGGGUUUUAGUGCGAAGGGUCCUCAAAGUUGAACGAUCGAGAAACACCAACGAAAGUCAGGAAAGUUGAAAAACCUCGUAUAUUUUUCAAUAUUCCGGAUCAAACGUUUUCCACUCUUGGGCCACAGUGAGCCGCGAAAUUCCACGUUAUUAAGUUCCUUGUAUAUUUUCUUUUCCAUUUUUUUUCCUCCCAAUAGAUCAAACGCGGUCCGGUAAAUUUUUCAAUCAACAGCCGACACGGAUUAGGAGAGCACACAGACUGACAAGCGAAUCAAAGAGUUUGAAAAUACACGUACACAGACACUGUUCGACUGUAGAUAAAAAAAGAAGAAAAACUCACCUGAGUAGCCACAAUUUAACUGACAAGCGGAAACAAUGAAAAAAAAAAAAAAAAAAAAACAAUUUACACAGUGGCCCCUGCGUUUUAAAAUCGUAAACUAAAUUAGCUACUACUGUAACGAUUGCGGAGUGAAUUUUCAAAAAAUGAAAAUUAUUCGGUUACACGAACACUCGUAUUUAUAAUGAGGAGAAAGAGAAGUAAAACUACGGUUAAUUUUAUCGUGCCUAGUAACGAAAUCGGCCAUUAUAAUUAUUAUUAUGUAAGACGAGAAUCGUCGAUGUGAAACGACAAACGAGUUAAGCGCUCGCGAGUAUGUCAAGAGUAAUUGAGGGCACCUCGAACCAGCCCUUUUUUAAUCACAAAAAGAGGCCCUCGAACCGCGACGUAUUCAUGUUUAUCUCGUUAUUGCGUAUCACACGUUCGCGGAGAAACGUAUUUAACCGAACUCUUAAUCCGAGUGCAAUACAUGAAAAUUUAAACACCAGAAAAACCCACGAAUGAUUCAGGAUUCGAGAAGAUUUGACGGAGAAUUUUUCAGUCGAAAGCUUCCUCUGGAUUCUUAAGCUUUGCCACUUGGCGAUUCGACAAAUAUCCGAAUCACGACAUAUAUUUCGUCGUGAAAAAUCCGUCGUGAAAGCGCAUAAUUUACAUUCAAAUGUUUGUCAAAUCGUCGAUAACCGAAUUUUCGAAACUUUUGCCUGAGAAAACGAACCGAGAACAUUCUUGAUGAUAAAAAACAACGUCAAAUUUUCGGAACCGACGAACCGAAGACCACUUGAAAAACGAAGUUCUAAAACAACAAAAAAUGAUCGAAAAAUCAGUGAUUAAAAAUGUACGUUGACUCCAAAAUGCAUUAAAAUAAAUAAACCGAAAACGUGAAACUCGGUACGAUUUUACGUGCGUCUGUAAUCCUUAACUUAAGCACUUAAGGAGCGUAAUCAAGUGCGUACAGAAAAAAGAGAACGCAGUAUAAUAUUAAUAAAUAUUAUUAAUAAUAAUAAUAAUAAUAAUAAUAUAAUAAUAAUAAUGAUGAUGAUGAUGAUGAUGAUCAUGGUCAUGACGUCAACGUGAAUGGAUUAUUAUCAUUAUUAUUAUUUUGUCAUUAUCUUUAUAUAAAUAUAUAAUAAUGCAAAUAGAUCUACGAUGAAGGAAAAAAAACUCACACUAUAUCAAUAUGGAAAUAGAUAAGAUAUGUUUUAUACGCUGCAUGUUGUCCCAUUACCCUCGAAAAUAGAGGAGAGAGAAAGAGAAAAAAACAAACGUGAAUGAAAAGAUGAAAAAAUAAGCGAAAUUACGAGUUUCGUACGACUCGAGUCUUAACGUCGUCUCAUAAAUCGUCGCAAUUGUGUUAAAUAAUAAGCGAUUUUUCGAUAUAUACGUCUGCGAUAUUUUAUCACGAGCAAUUUUUUUCCAGAAGUUAAUGCGAGCUACGAGGCAGAGGAAGAAAGUUAGUGAGGAAGAGAGAGCAAGAGAGAGGAAAAAACCAUUUGAAUCGUUACUACUAACGAAAAAUAAUUGUAAAAUCAUCUCGAUCUGUGACAAUCGUUGACGUUCUUCGGUUUUUCGAACGACGAGAUUGAACGAUCGCGUUUCAUCGUAAUAUCGAUCUUUGUAUCUCACACACACACACACAUACACACACACAUAUAUAUAUACACACACGUAUAUAAGGGUGGUCGAAAGAAUCAACAAACGAGACGAAAAACUAACAAACAAACAAAUAACGAGAAUGAUGCUUUAUUUUUUUAUUGUCGUUGGUUAUCGAGCACAAUUUUUCACGAAAAUAAAAAUCUCGCUACGUCACAGUCGUCGUAUGAAAAGGGAACCAAUAUAAAAAAAUCGACAAGAACUUGAUCGAAAUAUUGUUUCAAGCCGAAGGGUGUAACCAACCGAAUGUAUUGUUGCAAGGUUUUUUUUUUCGUGAGACUAAUCGAAUCUUCGAUCGACCGCGUGAUAUGGAAAUGAAAAAAUGUUGCUUCUCGUACUGCCCUCUUAUACACACACACACACACACACACAUACACGCGCGCGCGCGAAAUACACUUACACAUUGACAUAAACACUACUGUCGUAUUAGUAAUUAAAAGGGAGAAUAAGAGAGACAAACGAAACGUGAGUAACCGUGAGUGUGAUCGAGCAAGUGUUUGGCUGUGCAAUAGAUUAGGGAAAGAGUAAAGAAAUUUAAGGAAGAUACAAACGAAGAAAUUAAAUAGCGAGGAUUUUGGAAAAAGAGAGGGAGAGGGAGGGUGGGAAAGAUAAAACGAAGAAAAGAUUACGAAAAACAGACGUUUUUUCGGGUGAGGUCGGCACGAGUAUUUCCCCCGUCUUCGUCCUACGGUAGCUUUCAUUCAGCUAUAAACAAAAGAAAUAAAGAAAAAAUAAUAAACGAAGAUUCGUCGAAUUUUACGGCUCUCCGCUCGUUUCAUCGCCUACAAAUUUUUUUCGUUCUCGAAUAUUUUUAACUCAACAUCGGAGAACAAAAAUUUACGGAGGAGAGAAUGAGAGAGAGAGAGAGCAGGAAAAAAAACAGAUUACCGUCCUUUCGAUAAAAUUUCUCAUCAUUGAAAUGUGUAAUUUCAGAAUUAAAUCACGGCAACCACUGCCAAUGCGCCGAUCAACACCCCAAACAAAAUAACGUUUUUUAUAAUGCGUCGACGCCUCUAAAACGACCCUUCUCAUUUCCUUUUUCGUUCCCUCUCUAGUAGGGAAUUUGACGAGACUGUGGAAUACACGAUGCCGAACCAUAUCGACAUUUCGCGCUGCUUCGACAAGCCCCAGUCUACCAUGUAUAUAUUUUCAUUAAUGUAUGUACAAUAAAAUAUAUUCGAGACAACGAUA